UUUUCCCAAUGUCAUUCAGGCUGUGGGUCCCGUUAUGUUCAGUAUAAAUAGCCCUGCUGGUGCCAGCUCUCACUCCUGCUACAGCACUGUCUGGGCUUCAUCUCCAGUAUCGCAGGAUUUACAAAGAGCCUUAAACCAGAACCCAUCACCAUGUCCACCUCCGCCAGCAGAUCCUCAUACAAAAGAAUGUUUGGAGGUAACCCCAGGUCCAGCUCCUCGUCUGGAAACCGGUAUGUGACCUCCAGCAGUAGGUACUCCCUGGGUAGCUCCAUGGGAGGCUCUCUGCGUUCUGGAGCUGGUGGUGGAGGUAUCAGCAGUAGCAGGGUCUACACAACUUCUUCAUCACCCUCCAUCUACAAGUCCUCCUCUGUGAGGCUGAGGAGCAGCCUUCCACCAGCCAGGCUCCAUGACAGCGUGGACUUCUCCCUUGCAGAUGCCAUCAACCUCGAGUUUAAAGCCAACAGGACCAACGAGAAGGCUGAGAUGCAGGAGCUGAACGACAGGUUUGCCAACUUCAUUGACAAAGUUCGAUUCCUGGAGCAGCAGAACAAGAUCCUGGUUGCUGAGUUGGACCAACUGAAAGGAAAGGGGACCUCCAGGGUUGGAGACAUCUAUGAAGAGGAGAUGAGAGAGCUCCGCCGACAGGUGGACCUGCUCACAAAUGAGAAAGCCAGGGUGGAGGUGGACAGAGACAACCUGGGAGAUGAUCUUCAGCGACUAAGAGAAAAGUAAGAACUAUUUUAGAACUUUAUUAUCACAUCAUUCCAUAAUUUCUGAAAAUCAAAGUUCAGGAGAACACCUAGAUCCCUCAAUAUAUCCCUAACAGCUUGUUGUCCAGUUUUUCAGUGGUCUUUAUGGUAAAGUCACAUUGAAAGACUUGGACCUUGCUAUCUUCUAGCAAUUAUUCUUUUUUGGGGGGGAGGGGUGGUUGGGAGGGGGAAGGUAUUUGAGAGUUUCCUUCUCAUCUUGCUACACUGCUGAAAGUAACAAUGAAAUGGUUAACUUUGUGUGCUACAUGCAAUUUCUUUUUUAGAAAUAUUGAAGGAGGACCCAUCUUUUGAGAGUAUUCUUGCUAAACUCAAACCACAAACAAGAAAACUUGCUCUAAAUCUCACUAAUGAUGAUGUAACUUUGUUGCCUAAAUAUUAUACAAAAUAGUUAGAUCAUUCUAUUGCUGUACAUUAGGGUCAUUGUUCUGGGACAGCUUAUCCCAUAAUGCACAUAUUGCUGGACUAGCAGAAAGUUUGAAAAACUCCAUCCAUGCAAGAAAAUAUAAGGGCAGAGAGGGGAACAUUACAGGGAGGGCAGACAGACACAUGUCUAUGCCAUGGGCAAGUUUCCUGGCUUGCUCGGGAAAUUUUGGUAUCUGACUCCAUUUCUGAAUGGGGUGUGGCAGUUCCAUUGAAACUGGAUGUCCACCAUUUUAAGGCAGGGUUUUAAUACAAUACAUCAUUUCCAGAUUUUCUGGAGUCUGCUAAAGAUUAUUCCUCAGUGUUACCUCAACAUUCUAGAAUGAACCAUUAAAUACAUGUUUAAAGAACGAAAACGGGGGAAUCCUUUUCAAGAACCAAGGAACAUUAUCCUUGAAGUAAUAUAUCUACAGCUGAACUUAUUUAUGAUUUAUUUAUUCUCAAAGAUAUUUCAAAAUGUUAAUGAAUAAAAAAAAAAAAAAAAGUUUGAACUUGAAAUUCCAGUCAACUCUGUAAUUUCUCACUGUGGAAAAUUUUUAAACAUCAUUUAAUAUGUACAUGAUAAAGUUUCUUUUUUUUUUAUUAACUAGUUUUCACGGUGACAUUUGAUGCAGUUGUUAGGGUUACUCAAUGAAGUGUGAUUUCAAAUUUUAAACCAAUAUAGAAAGCAAAAAUUCCCACAGUAAGCAAUGGUUAAAGUUUGGCUACUUUGGCCUAAAAGUUAGAAUGCAUUUUAUAUUCCUGAUAAAACAUGUACAUUUAAUUUUUUUUUUUUUUUUUAAUUUUGAAGAAACUUAUUGUUCCAAUAGCAGCAUAGUAACUGCCUUUGUUUCAUGAACUUUCUCACCUUCUCUAUUAUGUAUUCCAUUUGUAAGACACACAGACACAAUGGAUGCACAUGAAGUUGUAUUUUCAUUUGAACACACAGAAUUUAGCUUUAAGGAUGAUCACUGACAUUACUGAUCAUUUCAUUAGUAUAAAAUACCACCUUUUCCUCCAGGUACUCGCAUGUUAGGGCAGUGUGGCAUGAGGGUAAGGUAUAAUUAUAAAAAUAUCAGGUUAUCAUCGCCAUUGUUAGUGCUGUGAUACAUUUUUUGUGGUUAACACUUUAAGUGCCAGAUGUCUAUACAAAACAAAUAAUUCUGUACCCUUCUGACAAUUAAAAUGUUAAGGAUUGAAAGGAUAUUAAUUUGCAAACUUAAUUGAUAUUUUUCAGGCUCCAGGAUGAAAUGAUUCAGAGGGAAGAAGCCGAAAGCAACUUGCAGUCAUUCAGACAGGUUUGUGGUUUUCGAAAUGAAAUAUUAGCUCAGGAAAUGCUUUCUGACACCCCCUUUCCUCCCAGCUACAAUGUUAAGGCCUACUUGGUUGUUAACGCCACAUAGUGGUCAACAGAACGUACUAAAAUUAUUGCGAAAUUGAAUGGACAGAAGCCAAUCUAGAAAUCCAAAUCACAUGUGUGAUUGUAUUAGAUUAAAAUAGUUAAUUUGAUUUAGUAUUCUACAUAGGUGGCAGAGACCUGACUUAACCUUCUUUUUAAAGUUCCUGUUAGUGUUAGUCUUGAAGUCUAGUUAGUGUAGUCUUUAUUAUUAUUAUUAUUAUUGCCAUUUAUAUAGCGCCGACAGAUUCCGUAGCGCUUUACAAUAUUAUGAGAGGGGGAAUUUAACUAUAAAUAGGACAAUUACAAAAAACUUACGGGAACAAUAGGUUGAAGAGGACCCUGCUCAAACGAGCUUACAGUCUAUAGGAGGUGGGGUGUAAAACACAUUAGGACAGGAAGUUUUGAAAGCUUAAUGAAAAAGCUGUGAGAUGUGGUUUAUGUGCAAACAUACAGUUGGAGAAAUAUCGUGAAACAUAUUGGUGGUAAAUCCAACACAACUUAUUAGUGCAUUAAUACAUUUGUGAGCAUACUUUGUAGUGUUUUUCUUCCCAUUCAAAAGAAUGUCUAAACUGUUCUGAAUCAUCAAGAUAUUUUACUGCUCAAAACAAUAUCCAUGGGGAAACAAUUCUCAGGCCCAAAUUUUAUUAUUAAAAACCCAAUGGAAUGGACAUACUAGAUGUUGAGGAAGUGACAUAGCCCAUGGUCCAUUUUGCUGAAAUAAGAUAAACCACUUGGAAAAUAGUCUUUAUUCUUUACUCAUUAUGUGGUUCAUGACCAUUCUUAGUCACUUUUCAUUCAUUUUAGGAAAGCAUUUUAGAAUAAAUAUUAGGUAAUGUUUCCUAACGCAAUCUUAAAUAUGGGGCUGUAAUCAACCUCACUGCAGUAAAUAUUUUACCCCCGUCAAAUCCUCUAUUAAAUCAUAAUCUGUUAAUGGAACUGAUUUUUGGAGUCUUUACACUAGCGUGAACCAUUGAAGAGUCAGUAAAACUUUAGUGGAUGUUUGCAAACUAUGUAACCUCCUCCUUGAAGCCUCCUGCUGUCUGCAGUGCUUCCCCCUAUCGGUCACUUUGUGCACAAGGCAAGAAAUGACACACGUUCAAGUUGAAGAUAUCUGAAUUACAUUUCUAUUGUUUGCAAGGUCUCCUCCCUGUUCAUGCAUACUUCAUAUAGUGCAAUGCACAUGCAAAGGGUGUAAGUGCUCAGUAAGUUUUCGAGUUUUUUGUAUGUGAGCGCAUGCAUCAGUCAUUGCCUGACCCACUGACUGACUAACAAAGUAGCACAAGUAUCAACAACAGAGUACAACAAGCACAGAACAUAGAAAAGAAAACCCUCCAAAUCAUGUUAAAUGUUUUUCUCAUUGAUUGGUAUAUGCUUAAACAUCAGUUUAAUCACCAGAAUAUAGUGCAUCCUAAACAGAUAUUUCCGAUGCUGACCUUGCCCUAUAUGUAAAUAAUUAACAUUCAUUCUAUAAAUUUAAUAACAAAGUUACAGCAUCAUUGAGUCAUAUCAGCUGUAUAUACACAUACAUGCUCAUUUGCACAAUUUUUCAAGAACAAUUUGGAGAAAAAAUAUUUAAAUUUGAUAGUUUCCAAAAUAACAGACCACGUAGCUGAUUGGCAAAUCAUAUAAUUUUUGCAAAUCCUAUUAUUGGCAGCUCAUAUUAUUUUUUUCCAUACGGAGAAGCAUUUUACUUUUCUAAUCACUGUGCUGCCUGAAACUGCAUGAAGUGAGGAUUGUAGUGGAAAGUUUUCCCCCCAGCUACUUUUUUUUAAAGCUAUUUUAAUAUUCACUUGGAAUUCUCAACAAUACACAGUUUCGUGAAGACCCCUGAAAGCUUUUUUAAUGACAACAGUUGUGUUAGAGAGUUGUCUGACCAGGAUAGUUAAUUUUAUUUUCUUUUAAAAAAAAUAUAACUUAUGGGAGUACCCUACAUGAACACAAUGAAAACAUUUUUGGUGAGAUCAUUCUAAAAGUUCACAGGCUCACACUUUUCUUUUCGUUACCAUUCCAUUCAAAUGGGAAUCAGACCAGGGAGUAGAACACAAAAGUCCGUGAGAAUAGUGAUGUUAAAAUAGGGACAUCUGUUUCCUUUGCUGACCAGCCUUAGUGGUUUCUCACGGCUCCACUGUGGAAUGCCAAUGCAUGAAUUAUAUCAGCAACUGCAGUAGAAAUAAUAGCUUUCAUUGUGUCCCAAGUGCAUUUGUAGCUAACAGUAUUGUUGUGUUAUUGCUUUUACUGCGGUUAGAGGGAAAACUUUUACUGAAAUAAAUAAAAAAUAAAAAAUGUUGAUACAAUUUUUCAUUGAACGGUUAGGUUCUGUUUCAGAAGUUGAUGACUUUCACAGUUUUGCAAUUUUUUUUCUAUCCAGGGUAAUAACACAGUUGUGGUAUUUUAUCACAAUCAUUGCACGACUGCAAUAUUCUAGUCUCUGGCUAACUGCUAGUCAUGGUGCGGGGAGGAGCAAUCAUGUGUUGCAUAAGUUGUCAGAGGAUAUUUAGCAUCCAGGAUAGCCAAUUAGAUGAAACAUAUUAAAAGGAAAAGUUGUGCAAUCGAGAGAUAAGCAAAGUGGUCAUUGGUCUCACCCUUAAUAAAAACAGUCUUUUAACCCCUUCACCCAAUCUUCUAGAUUAGUUUAAAGCGGAAAUAGAAGAAUAUAUGUUAAGUAAAAAAAUAUGUUAUGUUUUAAUUAAAAGUACAUAUGAAAAAGAUGAUAACCCAGUAAUGACUAAUGAUAUGCUAUAGUUAUGGUAGGGUGUGGAACUGCACUCUGUCCCUUUAAGUAUUAUGUAGCUGGGUGCAACUCUGACGGUCUCAGUACCAGACAUCAAAUGCUGAGUAACAAAAUAGAAGAACAGUCCAGGCACUCCAAGGUACAAACCAGGCAAUUUUUUUGAACCCACUCCAUCAUAUCAUCCCAUUCAUCAACUUUAUUGAACCUCCUCUCCGUGUGAUGGAGUGGGCUCAAUAUUAUUGCCUGGUUUGUACCUUGUGAGUGCCUGUACCUUUCUUCUAUUUUGUUAAUGAUAUGCUAUAGACAUGUUCUAAAAAAAAGAAGAUUUUCUUAACUCCAUGAUAUUCAAUGGUUAAAACUAUCCAGCCUAACACUGCUUACACCACAUACGUGGACUACAUUUCCUGAAUGGUAAACACCCCAUUGUACAGCGCUACGGAACUUGCUAGUGCUAUAUAAAUAAUAAAAUGAUGAUAAUCAUAAUAAUGUCAAUAGACCUAAAGCCUACCUAAGGAAUAGUGAAAUGUAGUCCACAAACAUAAUUGUAAUAAACAUAACAAAAAAGCAAAAAAAAACACUUUUAUUUUCUGUUUUGUUUUUUUUUACAAAAAAACAUUCACACAUACAGAUAAAAACUCAUGUUCCUUAUUUAAGAAGUAGUUUGAUUUACAGCCUAUAUGCCUAAUAACUGUUGAGAGAUGCAAUAUCCUAACCUAAACCAUUCCUUGCUCACAUAGCUUCUUAAUCACUUCUUUCAUAUGUAAAGAGAUGUGGGUAUAGCUGUAGAGUGAAUGAUAGAUGUAUUCAGUAGGUAACAAUAUGAAUACUUCAGAUUGGCUCUUUGUUCUUCUUUCGGAUCAGCAACAGCAACAGGAACUUGUGAAAAGAGCCCAGUCUUUUUUUCCCCCUAACCUAAAUGGCUAUGUUAUUGUGUUAUAUGUAUGCCAUCGCACAAAUAAAAAAAUUAAAAAAAUUAAAAUGUAGUGAUCAUUUUUAUACCAUUUUAGUUUUAUAACCAUACAGUUGUGCUUCUGAAAUUAGAGCAUUGGAUUCAAAUGUAUCCACCCUUCCAACACAAUGUCCCAUAGACAUUUCAUUUGUUCUCCAAAGUCUCUUAUGCAUGUUGAGUAGACAAUCCAUUUUUUACUAAUUUAUAUCCUGUUCAACUAUGUUAGUGUUUCUACAGAACUUUUUUAAUUGUAGUAAAUAUGUUUAUAUGUUUAUCUAUGUAAGAUAAUGUUGUAGUGCCAUUUGAAAUAUGAGGAUUUAAGUUAGCUGAUAGGAUUCUCUCUCUUUACUAUCAAUAGUCUCUCUUUAAAUGUUGAAAGUGUCUAAAAUAAUUUGUCUUUAAUUUUCUAUGUUCCAAUGCAAGUUUUGGGGUCCUCAUUAUUAGUUUUAUUGGGGGAUGGCUUGUCCUUUUUCGUUUCGUUUCUUUUUUUUUUUUUUUUUUGUUAAAACACUAAGAAAAGAAAAGAAACAGAACACUGUAGGAAGAUGUUGCUCUGUCAUAUAAACUAUACAAAACACUUGCUACAAAUACUGACAGCUAAUUUUUUUUCAUAAUCAGGAUGUGGACAAUGCUUCCUUAGCACGUAUUGACCUGGAACGCAAAGUUGAAUCCCUGCAAGAGGAGAUUGUAUUCCUAAAGAAACUGCAUGAUGAAGUAAGGACCUGCACACACACUCAAACAAACACUCAUUUUAUUUCUCUGUCUGUCCCUCUUUUUUUCUCUGUGUGUCUUUGUCUACCUAUCUCAUUCAUGUCUGUGGCUUGAUUUGUGUACGUUGCGUCAACUUUCACAGUGCAAUUUUCAGAAUUUCUCUCCCCCAAUUUGUAUUUUCUUAAAUGACAGAAAAAAACAUUGUAUGCUGAAUUAUUUAAUUUUGUAUCUAGGAAAUCCGUGAACUGCAGCUCCAGCUUCAGGAUCAACAUGUCCAGAUUGACAUGGAUGUUGCUAAACCAGAUCUCACUGCUGCCCUGCGUGACGUGCGUCAGCAGUAUGAGAAUGUGGCUGCUAAGAAUCUACAGGAUGCUGAGGAAUGGUACAAGUCUAAGGUAUGUGAUUGGAGUCUGUUCCAUGGUUCCUUGCAUUUACUGUGACUGUGUAUUAAACCUAUAUGUAGAUUAUUUAAAUCUCUAAUGCAGCUGUAAACCUGAAGAAAAAAAAAAACCUGUCGUGCCACGUGUCUGUAACAUGACUGCAAAACCUAUUUUCCUUUAAAAGUAACAAUUAAUUCAGUGUCUAAAAAUAAUUGUUUCUGUCUUCGCAGUUUGCCGACCUUUCUGAGGCUGCUAACCGAAACAAUGAAGCUUUGCGUCAAGCUAAACAGGAGACAAAUGAUUACCGCAGACAAAUCCAGUCUCUUACCUGCGAAGUUGAUGCAAUGAAAGGAUCAGUGAGUAAAACUGUAUUAAUUCCUCUCAAAAAAUUGGGCAAGAUAUGCUGGGUUUUUGCAUAAGGUCUUAAUGGGGUAGAUACCAACUGAUGAAUUGUAUUACUCUUACCACCUCCACCAAUAUAUAUAUAUAUAUUUUUUAAAGGGUCAGUAUAGUCACCUGAACAAUUACAAUAUAAUGUAGUUAUUCUGGUGAGUAUAGUGAGUCCCUGCAAGGUUUUUGCUGUAAACACUGUCUUUUCAGAGAAAACACCUAGGAACACCUCUAGUGGCCACUCCUCAGACGGCCACUAGAGGUGCUUCCUGGGUCAGUGCUGCACAUGCUGAACGCUUCCCAUAGAGAUCCACUGAUUUAAUGCAUCUCUAUGAGAAGAUGCUGAUUGGCCAGGGUGGCAUUUGGCUUUGUCCCUGCCCAGCCUCCUUGGCUGAGAUCAUCAGAAUUUUCAAUCUCAGCCAAUCCAAGACUUUCUUAUGGGAGAGAGUUAAUUUUGAUGAUGUCAGUGAAGGAGGUGGAUCAGAGGAAGAGCCAUACACAAGGAACCCUGCUCUGCGAUUGAAAAAGGUGAGUAAAAACCUUUCUAAAAGGGGGGCCUAUAGUUCUAAAACAGUGAUUGUAGAACUAUAGUGUCAGGAGUACAUGUUUGUGUUCCUGACACUAUAGUGCACCUUUAAAUAAAUAAAAACCCAGUAAUUUUUUUUUGCAUAUAUCUAUAUAGCCCAUACAAGAAAAAAGGGGUAAGUAACAUUUAAAUAGCGCUGCACUAGCACUUGUGUGUUUAGGAGGUGGGGUACAUCACCUAGACAUAGAGUUUGUUUGGGUAACUUUGUAUAUAGUGGAAUUGGGAUAUCCACUGAGUGUUUUCAGCAGCUAAUUACCAAAUAAUCUGUUUUCAUUACCAAGCACGUAUGAAAUGGAAAAAUCAAUCAAUAAAUUGAUUAUUUCUUUGUGUAUCUGCCCCUGGCCAAAUUAAUGAAACAAUGCGUGCACGCUCCCUGAAGUAAUUCACACCAGACACAGGUUCCAGGUUGUUGAAUAACUUGAGGAAAGUUUAUUCAGAGGGGACGGCAGGUCCCUUUUAAAGCAAAAUUACAUCAUAAGCAUUGUCAGAGAUAACAUGGAAUAAUACAUCAAUAAUUGGUUAAGUGUUUUAUUCAAAGCACGUCCUAUUGGGUGUGCCUUCUUAUGUCAUUACUGUCGUCAUGAAGUUCUCCCCCGGAUUCCAGCGCCAUCUUGAAAAUUAGAGUGUUUGGUCGAUGGGUGGGGUACUCCUGAGUGGCAUCUAGUGGUCAGUUUAGUAAUUUAUUGAGUAUAACUAAAUGGAGUAAAUAGACAUUUUACUAGCUAAAAAUAUGUCAAUAUUUCAUUUCCACAACAACGUAGAACUACACACUUGUCUUGUUCUCAAUUUUAUACACUCUGUCUACUGACAACAUAUUUAAUUUAUUUAGUAUGAGCGACAUUCAAGAUGUAAGUCAUUGCUCUUCUGUGUAUUCUUCUGUGUAGGAGAAAUGGCUCAGGAUGUUAGGCAGAACUGAUAGCAUGUUGCCGUUUUUCUUUGCAGAAUGAAUCUUAUGAACGACAGAUGCGUGAAAUGGAAGACAACUUUGCUUUGGAAGCAGCUAACUACCAAGACACUAUUAAUCGCCUGCAGGAGGAGCUCCAGACCAUGAAAGAAGACAUGGCUCGCCACGUGCGCGAGUACCAGGACCUGCUCAAUGUUAAGAUGGCUCUUGAUAUUGAGAUUACUACUUACAGGAAGCUGCUUGAAGGAGAAGAGAGCAGGUAAGUUAAAAGAAACUCUCGUGUUCUAGUGAAAAAUCCAUAAUAAAAACUAGGACUGAUUGAAUGUGGCAGCUUUGGCCUUUUUAAAUGCAAUUAACAAAAUAAACUAAAACAAUAUAAGGUUUAUUCACUGCAACAGAAAUAGUGGAAAAUUGAUAGAAUUACAGAUUUUUAGGACAAAUUAGUCAACCCACAAAAUUGGCUGAAUGGGGGUGUAAUGGACCGCUGGCACUCCGACCGAGUACCUCCGCCAAUCGAUGCUCCUAGUGCUCGCUGAGGACUCCAAGCACUCCAACCGACACCAUAAUCACUGCAGACCCCACUUCCAGCGAUGCAGCUGCACCUGGGUCUCGCCGUCUUUCACCCACCCUGGACCCAAAGCCAGGAUCCAGCUUCCAGUGGGUAGACCUCUCCUUUAUCCAGAGGGCAGGAACAAGCUCUUACAAGAGCUUAUACUCAGGGGAGUGUGAUAUAGCAAUCCCCAAGGGUGUAGUUAUCCCACCCCCCCAAGCAUGGGCCAAGGCUUCAAGAAAGGGUCAAGUAGUUCUGAUUUAUUGAGGGCUACCUGCCCAGUAUUUAUGCAAGUGUCCACCAGGUGGACACUCCCCUAGGGGACCUGAUGGAACAAUGGGACUCAUAUUGGAUAUUAGCCAAUCACAGACAAUACAAACAACACACUCCCACAGUGACAUCACAAUCCCUCCUCUCUAUCCUGGAGAUAAUUGGGAAGUAAUCAAAUUAUCUCCCAGGACAGAGGCAAGACUCCAUUAACCACAUGGUUACAAAAAGACAUAAAAUUACACAAUGUUACAAUUACUACAUAAAACAUACAUGCAACAUAUCCCCAGAUAGCUUAGAUCUGAGUGCACAUGAUUACCGAAUGGUGCUCAGAUCACAUACAUACAGUUAAAUCGCCAUGGAGCCAAAGUCUUUUCCAUAGUCUUUCAUUACACGAAAAGGCUCCAUGGCAUAGCUAUCUGGGGUAGCACUAGUCACAUACUGAAAGUCCUGAACGCCCCAGCAGAAAUACACAAAUAAAUAUUUCUGCAGGGUAAAAUACAGCUAUCAGCACAGGGGCCAUAGUUGGAAGGCAGGAGGCUAGCCAGUAGUCUCCUGCAGGCACAAGUGGCGAAGGGCACUUUGUCACAGGGGGCAUAUCUCCAAUUUGUCUAUUUUGGCCUAAAACCUGCAAUCUUGAACUUGUCAGUUAUCCACGAUUCUCUGUUUAGUAAAUAAGCACCAAAGGCUGUAAGUAUUACAUGAUUGCAUAAGACAUAGUUAAUAUUUUGUUUGUAGCUCAUAAAAAUGUUUUGUUUUGCAGAAUUGCCAUUCCCGUUCAUUCAUCCUUUUCUACCAUGAGCAUAAGAGGUGAAUAAGUAAUAUUUUUUAAUUCUCUAUUAACUAUUUACUCAGUAUCAGAGAAGUGCCUUAACCAUACUGGAAUAUCAAUGGGAUGGGGGUCCCUGGAACAUUGCCCUAACCCAUUUUAAGAUAUCAGAAAUAACAAACUGAUAAAGUAAUACUAGUCAAGUUCAUUAAUAUAGCAUGUGUCUUUCACAUCCCAAUCCCAUAUGUGGAAUAUCUGUGUUUGGCUUUUAGGUAUUUCUUCUUGCAUUUUGUAGAUUAAUUAAAUCCCUUGAACUUUUGCUACAUUGUCUAUAACAUGGACAUCUCUUUCCUUCUCUAGAAUCUAAUCUGGAUUCUCAUCCAGUGGUAGACUCUCAUUCUAAAAGAACACUUCUGAUCAAGACGGUGGAGACCAGAGAUGGCCAGGUUGGUAGAUUUUCACUUCUUUUUGGUUGACAUUUGAAAAUAUAUAUUUUUUUCUACUUUAAGGAGGACUGAAUAUUUUAAAAGGCUUUGCAUUAUCUGCAAAAAAAGUUUACAUGUGAUGAUACAUUGAUAUUUUGGAGUCCAGAGAUUUAAGACAAGGACCAGAGCUUAAUGUUCUUCCCCAAUAGACAAUCCCAUUCUUUUCAACUCCUGGUACCUCACUAGGCAACAACAAACAAUAUCUUUACUGCGGGCCGCAUUUACGUUUGUAUUAGUCAAAAAUACAAAGAAUUUAGACUUAUUGCAACGUUGGAAAGAUUUCCCCUUGUUUCCCUCACAAUAAGCACAUUUUAGGCAUUUCAGUAUGCUAUAUUUUUUUCUGAUUGUAUUUCCUAUUUACUGCAUUUUUUCAGAAAGUACAAUGAUUUUAGGUGAAUUAAGUUUAUUUUUGUACUACCCACUAAAGUAAUUGUUUUCUCUUUUCAGGUUAUUAAUGAAACUUCUCACCACGAUGACCUAGAAUGAAACCUAAAUUCCUUCUUUCUCGGAGCAUAGUUCCUUUACCAGCAACAUAAUUCUGUCCCUUGUGUUUAAACUGAAGAGAACCAGCUUUCAAGUGCCUUUCACAGUUAAUUCAGGAGCGCAAGAUAGACAAAAGCUAAAGGAGAAUUCAUGUCCGUUUUGAAGGACAGACAGUGAGUUUACAACAGUCUAGUUUACAAACAUCGUAAUAGCAAUAUCUUGUGCUACAAUACUGUUUUAAAAAAAAAAUCUUAAAUUCCCAAGAAAAGCUUUAUAAUUCCCAGACAGUGUGCAGACAGCCUGUCAGUGCUUUAAUAAAUCUUUAGAACCAAAACUUGUUUUCUGUGUUUUGUUUGUUUGUUCCAGAAACAAAUAUCGCG